AUGAUAAGUCACUGUGCCGACGUCGACGCGCAGCUCCUGCGCAUGGUGUGUGGCGAGACCUGCGGCUGCGUCGAAGCACAGGCCAAUCCGCUGUACAAGGUUCGCGCACAAGGAUGCUUGAAGAGUUGUCUCAAUGAGCAACCGAUCUGGGUGGCCGAUGAAGCCUGCGAGGACGUAGGCAAGGACUUUGAAUCUUGGCAGUCUUUCUGGGACAUGUAUCCUUCGGCCAUGCAAGCGUAUUUUGGCGCCACGCCGGAGCAAGUGUUCAAUCUCCAAGAGGUGGCCCACGACAUGAAAGGAGCAGGGUGCCCCUAUUUGGCUGAGAUGACCCACGAGGUCAUCACGGACACGCGAUAUUGUGAUGGACAUCCUGAGCUGUUCUCCCCAUUGAGCCUUCUUUGCCCAAAGACGUGCUGCACCAGCAGCAGCAUUUUCUGCCCUUUGAGCUGUGGCGCUUAA